AUGCCGGAAGCAGGCCAAGUAGAACCGGGUGACGAAGCGGCCGCCGCUCUCCGUCGCAAACAGCGCUCGGGUUACAGGGCGUCGGUUAAGUACCUGCGGGGACUUGACGCCCGUAAGCCUGAAUCGCUGACCGCGAGGGAGUUGCAUUUGAAAAAAAAGCACGUGUACAACGUGCGGCGAUAUGAGCGGCUCACCAGGGCUGACCCCACACAAAGUACGAACGCUCAAACGCCUGGGCCGAAGCAGACAGCUCAGCCAGGCGAAACGGCACCAAUGGAACCUCCCAAGCCGAAAGCAGCUCCAACGUCGACUACACUGCCCAAAAGGGAGAGAACAGACGGCGUAAGCGGCGGUAGGCAAAGGCUUGAUGACAAAGCAAAGACCACGGAUGCCAAUUGCCGGUACGCGGAAGAUAUUCUGGCCGGCCUUGGCUCCAAUCCGGAGCUCCAAGUGAUAAUUAUUGAUCGAAACGACCCGGAAGGGAAGAUUUCAACCAAUAACUGGCUCAUUUUGGAAAAAGUUAUCAUGCAGGCCCAGCAUGAUGCCAUGUCCCGCAGCGAGAACCCGUUUAUCGCGGAGUUCAAUGGCAUCAAGUGGUAUAAGGGCGCCAAAGCCGUGGCCUGUGCCAACGAGGCAACCGUCAGUUUCCUCAGGGACACUAUCCAGGGCGUUCGCGAACUUUGGUUAGGGGCGAAAAUCGAUGUUGUCGCUAGAAGCGAGCUGCCCAUGCGUACGACCAUUAAGGUGUGGGUUCCUCCUCCAGUUUUAGUGAACCAGCUGGUACUGGACAUGAUAAAACGGCAGAAUCUGGACUGUGACACUGACGACUGGACGAUCAUAAGGGGACAGGCUCGCGAUGAUGGAAACGGCACAGAUCUCUGGCUCAGCAUUGGUCUGGUGUCUAAAAGCCAACUCCUCAAGAAGCGGUGCCAACUAAAGCUGGGAAUGGGCUGCCUGCGGGCAAUCCUUUGCAGUAAUGAUGCUGGGCUUACAGAUAGAUGUUGA